AUGUCGUCUAGAUAUCACUCACAGGCUCCAAAUAUGGACCAAUAUAAAUACUCUGAAAUAUCUAACAAAGUUAGCAAAGCAGAUCAAAGAUUUGUUACUCGUCGAGAUCAUGAAGCAACAGGAGAACCUGAAUCUCUCGCAGGACGAAUUAGUGUAAAAGAUAUGGGUUCUCGUGCUUCUAAAAAUACUCAGCCAGAAGAUAUUAAAAAAAAAGAUACUGUAGUAGUAGAUGAUGAAUUUGAUCAGAAAUAUAAAAAAAAAGUAUUAUUAAGAAAAAAAAAUAUGUAUUCUUCUAUAUUGGAUACCACAGAAGAUUUAGAAGGUCUUAUAUACCAUCCGAAAACUAAAGAAACUCGAGAAACUUAUGAAGCACUUUUAGCCUACGUUUAUGAGUUUAUUGGGGAUCAAAGUCAUGAUAUAGUAAGGAGCGCUAGUGAUACCGUUCUGGAAUUUUUAAAAGAUGAAAAUUUAAAAGACUAUGAUAGAAAAAAAGAGAUUGAUAAAUUACUCGGAGUAAAUAUAUCAAGUGAGAGAUUUUCUCAAUUAAUUGCAAUUGGAAAAAAAAUAACAGAUUAUUCUUCUGAAGACUUCAAGGAUAUUGCUGAUGAUGAUUAUCAAGAACUUGAUGAACAAAGGGUUGCUGUUAUUUUUGAUGAUGAUGAAAAUGAAAAUAUGGAUAACGAAAUGGAUGAUGAUGAUCAAGAAGAAUCUGACAUAGAUAGUGAUGCGGAAAAUAAAGAGAGCUACAUAACUAUUGUCAAUGGGAAAACGAAUAAAUAUUCCAUAAAUGAAGAAAAUAAAGAAAAAGUUUUUGCUCAUCAGAUUGAUUCAUUUUGGUUACAAAGAAUUAUAUCUGCACAUUAUAAUGACCCGUAUAUUAUUCAUGAAAAAACUUCAUCAGCUAUUUCUUUUUUAGAAUCAAAUAUUUCAUUUGGACAGCUUGAAAAUGAACUUAUGGAGUUAUUUGAUUAUGAUAAAUUUGAACUUGUAAAAAUAUUAACUAGGAAUCGUGAUACAAUUGUAUGGUGUAUGCGUCUUUUACAGGCAACUGAUCCUGAAGCUAAAAAAAAAAUUGAAAUUGAAAUGAAAUCAAAAGGUUAUGAAUGGAUUUUGCGAGAACUCAAAGAAGACAGAGAAGCAUUAUCUUUGAAGCAUUCAGAAAAAUAUGAUCACAAUAUGGUGGACCAUAGUCUACCAGAAAAUAUAGAAAAACAGUCAUUUAAAGAUAUUUCUAUUUCUCAAAUUUCUGAAACUAUACCUAAAAAAGUUCUUGAUUUAGAUUCACUUAAAUUCUCUCAAGGAGCACAUUUGAUGUCAAAUAAAAAAUGUAAGUUGCCAGAAGGGUCUUUUAAGCGAUCCAAAAAGGGCUAUGAAGAAGUCCAUGUCCCUCCUCCAAAAAAAGCGGCAACUAAAGAUAUAAAAACCGUUUUGAUAUCUGAUAUGCCUGAGUGGGUUCAUCCUGUAUUCGGAAACACUGAAAAACUGAAUCCUAUUCAAAGUAAGCUUUAUCCUAUGGCAUUUGGAAAAGACGACAAUUUACUUAUUUGUGCACCAACAGGUGCAGGAAAAACAAAUGUAGCUAUGCUUUGUAUUUUAAAUGAGUUAAAAAAGCAUCGUAAUGAAUCUACAGGAGAAUUCAAUAAGAAUAAUUUUAAAAUUGUUUAUAUUGCACCAUUAAAAGCUCUUGUACAGGAAAUGGCUGGAAAUUUUAGUUCUAGAUUGUCUCAUUAUGGUAUUCAAGUGGAAGAACUAACAGGAGAUGCACAACUUACUAAAGCCCAAAUAUCCCAAGUUCAAGUAAUUGUAACUACGCCAGAAAAAUGGGAUGUCAUUACUAGAAAAGCUACUGAAGUGUCAUAUACUAAUUUGGUUCGUUUAAUAAUUAUUGAUGAAAUUCAUUUACUUCAUGAUGAUAGAGGACCUGUUUUAGAAGCCAUUGUUGCUCGAACAAUUCGAAAAACAGAACAAACAUUUGAAUCUAUUCGUUUAAUUGGACUUUCAGCUACUCUCCCUAAUUAUAUGGAUGUAGCUACGUUUUUGAAGGUAGAUUUGGAACAUGGUUUGUUUUAUUUUGAUAACUCAUAUCGUCCGUGCCCGCUAAAGCAAGAGUUUAUUGGAAUUACUGAAAAAAAAGCAAUAAAAAGAUUGCAGCUUAUGAAUGAUAUUACGUAUGAAAAAGUGAUGGAGCAAGCUAGAAAAUUCCAAGUCUUAAUUUUUGUUCAUUCACGCAAAGAAACUGCUAAAACUGCGAAAUUUAUUCGAGAUAAAUGUUUAGAAGAAGAAACUAUUGGGCAAAUUUUGCAUCCAGAUGCAGCAACAAGAGAAAUUCUUCAAUCAGAAGCAAAGGAAGUUAGCGACACGAAUUUAAAAGAUAUCCUUCCUUAUGGACUUGGUAUUCAUCAUGCUGGCAUGACUCGUGCUGAUCGGAAAUCUGCUGAAGAACUUUUUGCAGCAGGUCAUAUUAAAGUUUUAGUUAGUACAUCUACUUUAGCGUGGGGUGUUAACCUUCCUGCACAUGCUGUUAUUAUUAAAGGAACUCAAGUUUAUUCCCCAGAAAAAGGUCGUUGGGUAGAAUUAUCACCUCAAGAUGUUCUUCAAAUGUUAGGUAGGGCUGGAAGACCACAAUAUGACUCCUAUGGUGAAGGUAUAAUUAUUACAUCACACCCAGAGCUUCAAUAUUAUUUGAGUUUGCUUAAUCAACAGUUACCAAUAGAAAGUCAAUUUAUUAGUAAAAUUGUUGAUAAUUUAAAUGCAGAAAUUGUCCUUGGAACCGUAAGGAAUAGAGACGAAGCUGCUCAGUGGCUCGGAUAUACUUAUUUAUAUAUUCGAAUGUUGCGAUCACCCGUAAUAUAUAAUGUUGGUGCAGACUAUGCAGACGAUUUGGAUUUAGAACAAAAACGGAUUGACCUUAUUCAUUCAGCUGCAUUAUUGUUAGAUAAACACAAUUUAAUAAAAUAUGAUAAAAAAACAGGAGAUUUUCAAACAACCGAAAUAGGAAGAAUCGCUUCUCAUUAUUAUAUCACAUAUGAAUCUAUGGCUACAUAUAAUCAGUAUCUUAGACCCACAUUAUCGUAUAUUGAGCUUUUUCGUCUAUUUUGUCUUUCAGAUGAAUUUAAGUAUAUUCCAGUGAGAGAAGAAGAAAAGUUAGAGCUUCAGAAAUUACUUAGUAGGGUUCCCAUUCCUAUUAAAGAAGGUGUUGAGGAAGCAUCUGCAAAAAUUAAUACACUGUUGCAAGCUUAUAUAUCUAGAUUAAAACUUGAAGGUUUUGCUUUAAUUUCUGACAUGAUUUAUGUUACUCAAUCAGCAAAAAGAAUUUUAAGGGCCAUUUUUGAUAUUUGUUUAAAAAGGGGGUGGGCACAAGUUGCUAAAUUAGCUCUUGAUAUGUGUAAAAUGGUUGAAAAAUGCAUGUGGCCAACUAUGACGCCUUUAAGGCAGUUUAAAGUAUGUCCUUUAGAAGUUAUCCGUAAAGUUGAACGGAAGGAUCUGCCGUGGAGUAGAUAUUUUGAUUUAGAUCCUCAUGAACUUGGUGAGUUAAUAAGUGUACCGAAAGCUGGGAAAUUGGUUCAUAAACUUAUUCAGCAUUUUCCAAGACUAGAACUACAAGUACAUGUUCAACCGAUUGUACGAUCUUUGUUAAGAGUGAAUUUAACAAUUAUUCCUCAGUUUGAAUGGGAUCAUGAAAUACACAGUUUUAGUGAACUUUUUUGGAUUAUAGCUGAAGAUGUAAAUGGAGAACAGAUUCUUUUUCAUGACCAGUUUAUAUUGAAGGAAAAAUAUUCAAAAGAUGAACAUUAUGUUGAAUUCACAGUUCCAAUAUCUGAGCCAAUACCGCCAAAUUAUUUUAUUACUAUAAUUUCAGAUCGAUGGAUGCAUUCUGAAACAAAACUUUCUGUAGCAUUUAAACAUUUAAUUCUUCCAGAAAAAAUACCUCCGUAUACGCCUUUACUUGAUUUACAGCCACUUCCUAUUGCUGCUGUUCGUAAACCAGAGUUUAUUAAACUUUAUUCAUCAUAUUUCCAACAUUUUAAUAAAAUUCAAACUCAAGUGUUUAAUACAUUAUUUACUACUGACGAGAAUGUUUUUGUAGGUGCACCUACAGGCAGUGGAAAAACAACAUGUGCUGAAUUUGCUUUAAUAAGGCAUUGGUUAAAAGAAAAUUCUGGAAGAGCUGUAUAUAUUGCUCCGUUUCAAGAACUUGUUGAUGAAAGAUAUAAUGAUUGGAGUAUCAAAUUCAAGAUUAUGGAUAAUCAUAAAGAAAUAAUUAAAUUGACAGGAGAAACUAGUGAAGAUCUUAAAUUAUUACAAAAGGCUGAUUUAGUUCUUGCAACCCCAGUUCAAUGGGAUGUUUUGUCCCGUAGAUGGAAACAGCGUAAAAAUAUUCAAACAAUUGAAUUGUUUAUUGCGGAUGAAAUUCAUGCUGUUGGCGGCCAUUUAGGACCUGUUUAUGAAGUUAUUGUAUCGCGAAUGCGAUAUAUUGCUGCUCAAACUGAAAAUAAAAUUCGGAUUAUUGCCUUGGGGCUUUCGUUAGCUAAUGCUAGAGAACUAGGAGAAUGGAUAGGCAUAAAUCAGCAUUGCAUAUAUAACUUUAAUCCAAAAGAUCGACCUAGGCCCCUUGAAGUAACUAUGCAGUCAUUUACAAUUCCUCAUUUUGCAUCGUUAAUGAUAGCAAUGACAAAACCAUUAUAUUUAAUCCUAUUAACAUUGUCACAUGAUUUUUCAGCUAUAAUAUUUGUUCCAAGUCGAAAACAAUGUCUUAACAUAUCUCUUGAUAUUUUAACGUAUUGUAAUUCCAGUGGUAAUGAAAAUAGAUUUUUAUUGUCAACAUCUGAUGAUAUCAUGACACAUAUUGGAAAAGUUAAAGAUGAAGUAUUAGCAAACUGUUUAUCUCAUGGAAUAGGAUAUUAUCAUGAAGCACUUAGCAAAUCAGAUAAAGAUAUUGUCAUAUCGCUUUACAGGUUUAAAGCUAUUCAAAUUCUUUUUGUUUCAAGAGAUGUAGCAUAUUCAGUGGGAGUUACUGCACAUAUGGUUGUUGUAAUGGGUACACAGUAUUUUGAAGGAAGAGAACAUAGAUAUAUUGAUUAUCCAAUUAGUGAAAUAUUACAGAUGUUAGGAUAUGCAUACCAGCCAAAUCAAGAUGGAAUUAGUAAAGCAGUUAUAAUGGUUCCUGCUGUAAAAAAAGAAUAUUAUAAAAAAUUUUUAAGUGAAGCAUUGCCAAUUGAAAGUCAUCUUCAAAUAUUUACACAUGACGCAUUUGUUACAGAAAUAGCUACAUCCACAAUUGAGAAUAAGCAAGAAGCAGUAGAUUGGCUUACUUGGUCAUAUAUGUACCGUCGUUUAGUUGCUAAUCCAGGAUUUUAUGGACUUCAGGAUAUUUCUCACGAAUCACUUAGUAGUUAUUUAUCUGAUUUAGUAGAAACUACUUUAAAUGAUUUAAUGGAAAAGAAAAUUAUUUUGAUUGAAGAUGACUUCUAUGUUACACCUUUAAAUCUAGCAAUGAUUGCGAGCUAUUAUAAUCUUACAUAUGUUACUGUCGAAACUAUGGCUUUAAGUUUAACAUCUAAAACUAAAAUGAAAGGUUUAUUAGAAGUUGUUACUGCUGCUGCAGAAUUUGAAACAAUACCUAUUCGUAGACAUGAAGAUGUAGUAUUACGGCGUAUUUAUGAAAGAGUUCCCGUAAAGCUUCAAAAUCAAGAUUUCGAUUCUCCUUCUUUUAAGGCAUUUAUAUUAUUACAAGCACAUUUUUCCCGUUUCCAACUCCCUAUUGACUUGGUAGCGGAUCAAGUAUUAGUAUUGCAGAAAAUUAUGAAUCUUCUUAGUGCGUGUGUUGAUGUUAUGUCAUCAGAAGGUUAUUUGAAUUCUAGCUAUCCAAUGGAAUUAUCACAAAUGUGUGUACAAGCUGUAUGGGACCGUGAUAGUCCAUUAAAACAAGUACCACAUUUUACUGAAGAUGUAAUUAAAAGAUGUAUGGAUGCAGGAUUGGAAUCUAUAUAUGAUUUAGGUGAAUUUUUAGCUGAUGCUUCUGAUGAUUCUAGAAACAAACUUUUAGAAAUGGGAGCAAAAGAAAUGCGUGAUGUAGCUAACUUUAUUAAUAGUUAUCCAUCAAUAGAUAUUGUAUUUGAAUUAGAUAACCCAGAAUCCAUUACUGCUGGGUGUCAAACAGCUAUUAAUAUUACUCUUACAAGAGAAAUGGAAGAAAUUAAUACUUUAGUUUAUGCCCCAUUUUUUCCUACAUCAAAAAAUGAACAUUGGUGGAUUGUAAUUGGUGAUGGAAUAUCUUUAUUAGCUAUUAAAAAGGUUACCUUACAAAAGACUUUAUCAGUUAAACUUGAAUUUGUUCCCCCAAAUGCAGGGAAAUACGAAUAUACUUUAUCAUGUUUUAGUGAUUCUUAUGUUGGAGUAGAUCAAGAUAUAAAAGUGGAUAUAGUUGUUGCUGAAAGAAAAAAAGAUAAUGAAAUGGAAGAAUAA